AUGGAGCCCACCUCAGCCCCUUCCCACAGAGGGGCAGUGCCCUGGCAUAUUCUCCUGCUCACAGAGACCAAAGAGGACAGUGCUGAUGUGGGGACACAGCAGGGAGAUUCUUAUGGAAGGGCCUCACUCAUAACCUUCUCGGCCCUGCCCACUACUGCCCAGCAGUCCCCUGAUAUAUUUGUGAAGUUGAUGCUGCUCCAGUUUUCUGAAGGGAAUGACGUUCUUCUACUUGUCCACAACCUGCCAGAAAAUGUUACACAGUUAGACUGGUUCAGAGACAAAUGCCAACCUGACAAAAACAUUGGGACAUUGACACUAAACCCAGAAAAUAUAUCAAAUGGUCCUGCAAACAGAGACAGAGAAACUAUUUACCCCAAUGGGUCCCUGCUGAUCCGAAAUCUAAUCAAACAAGACACUGGGAUCUACCUUAUAAAAGUCACUACAGUGAGUGGUGAAGAGAAAUAUGGACAGAGAAUACUCCGUGUCUAUGAGCCAUUACCCAAAGUUCACAUCACAGUCAACAAUUCGAAUCCCUUGGAGCAGGAAGACUCUGUGGUGCUGACAUGUGAACCCAAGAGUCCAGGCACAACCUACCGGUGGUUCUUCAACACUCUGCUUGUCCAGCCCAGCACCAGCCAUCAGCUUUCCUCAGACAGCAGGAUUCUGACUGUGCUCCAUGUCACAAGGAACAACACAGGACCCUAUAAGUGUGAAAUCUCAAACCAAAUGAAUGCCCACCACAGCGACCCAUUCAACCUGACUGUUCUCUAUGGCCCAGAUGGCCCCAUCAUCUCCCCCUCAAAAUACAGCUAUAGUCGAGGAGAGAAUCUCAGCCUCUCAUGUCUCACAGCCUCUAACCCACCUGCACAAUAUUCAUGGUAUGUGGGCAAGAAGCUCCUGGUGUCCACACAUAACCUCUUCAUCCCCAGUCUCUCUCUGAAUGACAGUGGGUCCUUUUCCUGCCUCGUCAGAAACUCAGUCACACAAUUCAAUAGAACCAUGGAGAUCAAUAUCACAGUCUUCGAGCCAGUAGCUGCGCCCUCUAUUCAAGCCUCCAAUACCACAGUGACAGAGUGUGCCAGCCCCGUGGCCCUGACCUGCCUCACGGAUGACACUGGAGUCUCCACCCGAUGGUACCUCAAUGAUAAGGAUCUGCAGUCCGCAGAGAGGAGGAUGCUAUCUGCUAACAACAGGACCCUCAUCCUCCAGCCAGUCCUGAUGGCCGAUGAGGGGGACUAUCAGUGUGAGGUGUCCAACCCCAUCAGUUCUAAAAGAAGUGACGACAUCAGGCUGCAGGUGACACGAAAAGGUACCACAGGUAUGCCAGUGGGGACCUUCCUCAACAUCCUCAUUGGGGUCCUGAUUGGGGUGAAGCUGACAGUGGCCAUUGGCUGCUUCCUGUUUCUCAGAAGGUCUAAAAGGAACCCAGGACAGCAUGAUCCCAGAGAGCAGCAGUUCACGGCACCCCCCCUUGGCCCUGAUGCUCCCAGAAGCUCUGCUGUCCAGUCUGAAAACCUGGAGAGCAGUCAGUGGUCUGCCUUCUCCGAGUUUAAGAUGAGUGUGGGGAUGGAGCUGCUCUCAAGACCAGAGGCCCAGAUCACCCCACAACUCAGCCUGGUGAUGCUUCAGGUUCAGGAGUAA